AUGGGUAAAAAGAACGACAGUGCGGACUUAGUCAACAGCGCCUAUGAAUCAUCCCUAAGCAAAGCAGAGGAGAAUAUAAAGAAAGGACAGUUAACUUUGAAAGAAGUGAAAGAAAGAAAAAUUUACUUUAAGGAUGUGGAGUUUAAUGUAAAGAAUCAUAUGAACGAGAUGACAAAAUUGGUGAAGGAAGCAAAACUUAUAAAGGCUUCAACAAGUAGUAACAUAAAAGAAUUUUACAACUCAUUAAUUAAAUGCGAUGAGCUUUUCGAUAAGCUAUCAACAGAUGAUAGAAACUUAAGGAUCGAAAAGAUGUUUAGUGGUAUUAUUGAAGAGAUAAACAGUAAAUGCAAACCUGUGAAUUUGUAG